CCUUCGUUGGUUCCGAUGGCGCCGCCGUUGUGCCAGCGAUGUGGCGUCGUCCAGUGCGCCGAGCUCGCUUCCACAUCCUUGCGCCACGCCUGGCGUUUUGAGGAAGGCCUCAAGUGGGCCUGGUCUAGCCGUACACAGGCCUACUGGGUGUGCUGCGAGCAGUGCCACGCCCACACCUGGCCUUUGGAUCGCCGGUACAACAACCGGCACUCCAGGCCUGCGUGGGCGGCGGCGGCAGAGGCGGGCGCGCGCCGGCGGGCCGGCCGCGUGCGGCUGGUGGCCGGGGACUUCUACCUCACGGAUGCGGUCCCCGAGCGCCGCCGGCCCAGCGACGCCGCGCCCUCGCCCGAGCGCCCGCCGCGCCGCCGCCUGCAGGCGGCGCCGGCGGCCGAGGAGGGGCGCGCCGCGGCGGCUGGCUCGGCGGCGGCCGCGGUCGCCAGGGCGCCCUUCUCAGAGCGGUUCCCCGCCACCUGGGAGCCGCCGACGAGCUGCGACGCCUGCGGCGGCGCGCUGGGCCGGGAGCUGACGGCCUACACCGCCACCGCCGGCUCCACCGAGGUGUGGCUGCUGGAGGGCGACGAGGCGCACCCCGGAAACGGCUUCUUCUGCGGGCGCUGCCAGGCGCGGCUGCGCGGGGGCCAGACGCUAGACUGCGCGGCAGCCCUGGGGGCGCAGGCCGCGCAGCGCUGGCGGGAGCCCGUGGACUGGGCGACGCGGCUGGCCGCGCUGGGGCCCCCCUACGCGCCUCGGCGGGGGCAGAAGCGGCCCGCGCGCUAG